UAGUCAGACAUGCGCCAUUGUUUGACGCAAGUCACCGCUAAUCUCUCCCAAGUGAUGCUAAUGUGCUGCCCAGGAGGCUGUCAACGGCACCGCUCGCUCUACGACCACUACUGCUCCUCCUCCCCCUCCUGUCUUCCCCGUCGUCGUCUGCUGGCAAUGCGACGCCGCCAUGGAAAGGCCGACCACCGCCAGUUCGAGCGCCUCCACGCAUAAGCGGACCAUCUCCAAAGCCGCCAAUGGCCUCGACGCGCCACGCGGGACAACAAACAAUCUCUACGUUAUUGCCAUCUUCAUACGCAAUUGUCGCCUGCUCAACCUCGACCGUCUCGAGGACUGGCCCGACGUGACGGUCGCGAACAUAGCGCAAGAUGCUCGAGCCAGGACAAGAUGCGCCGAGUGGUGUUUAUUCCAACUCUUUCGAAGAUACGACUCGGCAACCACCCAGGAAAAGCUACAGCCCUUCUUCCCACCUCUGGAGCCUUUGCAGAGCAUCAAUCUCCGAGCAGCGCUGUAUCGCUGUCUGAAUGAGCUGAAGAAGGAUGGCGUUCUGGGGCGAGAAACAGUGCUGCGCAAGUCUAUGCUGGACGAUUGUCAAGGCGACAAGUUCUGGGAACUAUGUCUGUCGUUCUCUGGACUGGUCCUGCGCAGAGUCACAGUCGAGAACAAGGACCGCUUGUCCUAUGAAAGGCCAUACUCGGAGAAAAUUGGCACCAGGAAGGCACUGAACAUCAAGCAGCGGGAGAGCAUGCUACCGCUCGCCAUUGCCCACAAGGCUGCAUUGGCCAAGGUACUGGAAGAGAAAGAGCGCAAGAAAGAGACCUACGACAAGCUCUGGCACACUUUCAAGGACAAGGAGGUCGACCUGCGCGCAAGGAAGAUUCAAGUGCACGAGACAGCAGGCCUGAGACGGCGUCGAUCGCCAGAGGAUAAUGUGGCACAAGAAGUACUCGAAAAGAACUGGGUUGGCAGUGGGGAUGUGAAGGAUGCCUUGUUGAAUGGAGACGCUGCUCCGGGAGCAGACGGACUCUUGACCAAGUCAUUCAAUGCAGUCUGGGACAACAACAAGACUGAUCAGCUUGCCAAGGCAGACACGGCAGAGAAAGGCGUUUUGGAAGAUCUAGAAGAUCGCACUCGACAGCAGAAGCGGAGGCUGCAGAAAUGGCAGAAUCUGCAUGAGCAAUUGCUCAAAUCCAAAGUGCAGUCGGCAAAAGAUACGGACUCAUCAACAGCAAAGCCAACUCAGUUGCGAUUGGACCAACAUCAAAAUCUCACAUUGCGUGACAUGGCCGAUAAUGGUCAGACGUCGACUGUCGCUAAUCACAAGAGACACACAAGUGCUGUAAAGUACGAUGAGAUUCUGAAUGCUAUGCGGGAUGAGCUUCGCAAGAAGUCUGCAAAUGAUCCAGCAUCGCCCACCAAGCCGGUACAAAGAGUGAAACGACCUGAAUUCAAGCGACAGAGCGUCUCGGUGGACACAACAGCACGAGCAUCCCCAGAACCACAUCAGCGAGCCAACUCACAUACCUCGGUCCCGCUAAGAUUCGGUCAACGCGUCUCUUCCAGAUCAAGAUCGUAUCAACAGCCCAAGGUCAUCAAUCAACGAGAGCCUAUACCGCUCAAGUCGGAGAUUUUCUCGCCGCUGAAGACAGACAGGGCCAAUUCGAUCUCACCGAGCCCUCGGAACUCCAUGGUUGCUUCCCCCGUCCAAGAGUCAUCGAUUGAGGAUCCAUAUGUUCCCCAGCGCCAACGAAAGGGCAGCGACACAGGAUUUGCUAGCACUGGAUCUGCUGCACUGAGCCGUGCCUCAUCAGGCAGGAACAGCCCUCGGGUUCCAUCGCGAUUAUCGAUCAGCGAAAGUUCGUCAGACAGUCCGGUAGAUGCGCCAGCCCCUCAAUUCCCCACAAGCAGGAAUCCUGAUGGCAUGUCUCGUCCUGUUCGACCUUCACUCGCAGAUCGCACGCGCAUGUCGAUGGCCUUCAAAAGCACAGAUUCUAUCGAUUUGAGCAACGGCGCAACAGGGAGGAAAGAGGACGAAAAGAAAGGAUCCGCCAGAUCAGACACCCCCAUCGGGUCUGACGAGACCGUCACCACGCUUUCCACACUCGAAGAGAAGCCUGUAUUGAGUCUGCAGGAACGGACUCGUCAAUCCAUCUCCUUCGCGCCGCAACAAGUAGUGCAGCCUAAGAAAGCCUCUCACGCGCGGUCGCGUACAUCACAGAUCUAUCCAGUGAACCAAUUCGACACACCUGAGAAGCCUCAGCCUCGGCGCUACACCGUCAACCAGCUGGACAACGAUGUGUCGGAAGGCGCGCCCAACGAGCGUCGAGAUAUCACACCUCGCGAGAACUUAUUCGAGCAAGAUGUCGAGUAUACCUCUGUCUUCAAAGCACGACCGAAGCUGGCGCGCAGUCCCAAUUUGUCGCCUUGUCCAGACAGUGGCCAUGGAAGUAUGGAGAGUCGAGGACUCAACAAUGAUGUGAGCUUUGCGGAUGACGAUAUCGCCUUGUCCAGUCCGUUGAAAGGACGGUGAGGAGUGUGUGAGCAGACCACACAGAACCUGCUGUGCAGGCGCGAGAGAAGAAGAAGAAGAAGAACUAGAUACCCAAGGAAGACACACUAGGACGAGAAUACUGAAAUGUUUUAACGAGAAUGGAGCGUAUCAUUAUGUGAGGGAGAGACUGUGAGGAGGAGGAUGUAGCGUGGAGCUUGCGAGAGCAAAGG